UUUUUCGGUUGGAAAAAAGUUUAGUUCGCCACAUAGACACCAGAUCGAGAAGAAUUUACCUUGUUAACUAAAAGUUUCCCUCCAAAAAAAGAAAUCGAUAAAAAAGAUGGAUAAUAUGAAAAAUUUGAUUGAAUUAGUGAAAGCACGACCAGUGCUAUACGAUGUAAGUCUUAACAAAGAUAAUGAAAGUCGACGAUUAGCUUGGCAAGAAAUUUCUUUCGCCCUUCAGCAGCCAGCUGAUGAUUGUAUGGAAAAAUGGAAAUCAUUAAGAGCUCAAUUUCGUUACUAUUAUAAAGGAGACCAUUUUAAUGAUUGGAAAUAUGCACAGGAUAUGGCCUUUCUUGAGCAACAUAUUCGCUGGCAACGUAAAUCACUUUCAUUCAAUCAUUCCAUUAACGAUGAUAAUGUUGAAAGUAUUCAACAAAAUGGUCAUCAUAAUAAAACGGUAGCAAAUUCACCUGUAUCACCUCGACUUCGUGCCAAAUUUUCGAACAAAUCCCAAUCCGAGCCUCAAGACGAGCAAAUUUCAACAGAAAAAUCAAUUUCAUUAGUUUGUCAUAAAUCGUUUGCUUUGAAUCAGAAAAUUAAUUGCAUAAUUCAAAACAUAAAACCUUUGAUUGCCAUCAUUUCGAUAGUUUUUAUUUUGAUGAUUGUAUUUUAUUAUCAAUUAUUUUGAUUCAUAUUAUCAAUU